AUGGCGAAGCAGAGCAUAAGUAAUCACCAUCGAAACAAUACAAUGAAGUUUGCUAAGACUUACUUAUUCGUAUUGUGCAGUCUUUGCUUAUUAUCCUCCUAUGUUAAUGGUCGUUAUGUUUUUCCUAUGGUUCAUUCUAAUUUUGAUGGCGCCUUAAGACUUGUGCCUAAUGGUUCAAAUCCUCAACAACCUCCAACAUUGAGUGUGCUAAGGCAUGUGCCUAAAGGUCUAAAUCCACAACAACCUCAAACAUUUGAUGUCUUAAGGCUUGUACGUAGCGGCCCGGAUCCUCUAGAGUCUCCACCGUCUCCACCAUUGGAUAUCCUAAGACGUGUGCCUAAAGGUUCAAAUCCUCAAGAGCCUCCAACAUUUAAUAUCCUAAGGCGUGUGCCUAAAGGUUCGAAUCCACAACAACCACCAGCACUGGAUGUCUUACGAGUUGUGCCUAGUGGCCCAGAUCCUCUAGAGUCUCCACCAACUCCACCAUUGAAUGUCUUAACGCGCGUGCCUAAAGGAUCAAAUCCUCAACGACCUCCAGUAUAUCAUGUCUCAAGGGUUGUGCCUAGUGGUCCGAAUCCUCGAGAAUCUCCACCAUUAAGGAACUAA